UCUUUGUUGCUCCAGCACGACUUCACGCGAGGACAUUGCAGAUCAUCACUCUCCCUAACAACACUUCAAAGCAGCAGCCAAGAUGACCAAGGCCGUCGGUAUCGAUCUGGGUACAACAUACUCAUGUGUUGCUGUUUGGCAAAAUGACCGUGUCGAGGUCAUUGCCAACGACCAGGGCAACCGCACCACGCCAUCAUAUGUCGCUUUCACCGACACGGAGCGUCUCAUCGGUGACGCUGCCAAGAACCAAGUCGCAAUGAACCCGCACAACACUGUCUUCGAUGCGAAGCGGUUGAUCGGGCGCAAGUUCGAGGACCAAGAGGUGCAGAGCGACAUGAAGCACUGGCCGUUCACUGUCGUUUCCAAGGAGGGCAAGCCGAACAUCAAGGUCGAGUACAAGGGCGAGGACAAGAUCUUCACUCCCGAGGAGAUUUCAUCAAUGGUCUUGCUUAAGAUGCGCGAGACCGCAGAGGCAUACCUUGGCGGCACGGUCAAGGACGCCGUCGUCACUGUCCCCGCUUACUUCAACGACUCGCAGCGCCAGGCCACCAAGGAUUCUGGUAUCAUUGCUGGUCUCAACGUCCUGCGCAUCAUCAACGAGCCAACUGCUGCUGCUAUUGCCUACGGUCUUGACAAGAAGACCGAAGGCGAGCGCAACGUCCUCAUCUUUGACCUUGGUGGAGGUACCUUCGAUGUUUCGCUCUUGACCAUCGAGGAGGGCAUCUUCGAGGUCAAGGCCACCGCCGGUGACACUCACUUGGGUGGUGAGGACUUUGACAACCGCCUCGUCAACCACUUCGUCCAGGAGUUCAAGCGCAAGAACAAGAAGGACCUCACUACCAACGCGCGUGCUCUCCGCCGGCUCCGUACCGCCUGCGAGCGUGCAAAGCGCACUCUCUCAUCGGCCGCACAGACCACCAUCGAGAUCGACUCGCUCUUCGAGGGUAUUGAUUUCUACACCUCCAUCACCCGUGCGCGAUUUGAGGAGCUCUGCGGUGACCUCUUCUCGCACACCAUCGAGCCAGUCGAGAAGGUCUUGCGCGACUCGAAGAUCGACAAGGGCUCUGUCCACGAGAUUGUUCUCGUCGGUGGAUCGACCCGUAUCCCGCGUGUUCAGAAGCUGCUCCGCGACUUUUUCAACGGCCGCGAGCCCAACAAGUCGAUUAACCCGGACGAGGCUGUCGCGUACGGUGCUGCCGUCCAGGCUGCCAUCCUUUCUGGUGACACAUCGGAGAAGACGCAAGACUUGCUGCUACUUGACGUCGCGCCUCUUUCCAUGGGUAUCGAGACUGCCGGUGGUGUCUUCACUCCGCUCAUCAAGCGCAACACCACUGUGCCGACCAAGAAGAGCGAGAUUUUCUCCACCUAUGCGGACAACCAGCCGGGUGUGCUUAUCCAGGUCUACGAGGGCGAGCGCGCACGCACCAAGGACAACAACCUGCUCGGCAAGUUUGAGCUCUCAGGCAUUCCUCCUGCGCCUCGUGGUGUCCCCCAGAUCGAGGUUACCUUCGACGUUGAUGCCAACUCCAUUCUCAACGUUUCCGCCGCUGACAAGACUACAGGAAAGAGCCAAUCCAUCAAAAUCACGAACGACAAGGGAAGGCUCUCUAAAGAAGACAUCGAGCGCAUGGUCAGCGAAGCCGAGAAGUACAAGGCAGAGGACGAGGCAGCGACCGCUCGUAUCAGCGCGAAGAACGGCCUCGAGUCGUACGCUUACAACCUGCGCAACAGCCUCAACGACGAGCAGUUCUCUUCGAAGCUGGACGCUGCCGACAAGGAGAAGCUUAACAAGGCAAUCGACGACACCGUUUCAUGGUUGGACGCUUCUCAAGAGGCCAGCAAGGAAGAGUACGAAGAGCACCAACGCGAGCUGGAACAAGUGAGCAAUCCGAUCAUGCAAAAGGCAUACGCAGCGGCUGGCGGUGCUCCCGGCGGUCCAGGCGGCUUCCCAGGCGCUGGCGGUGCCCCAGGAGCUGGUGCUGGCGGCGACGAUGGCCCAUCAGUCGAGGAGGUCGACUAA